GAGCGCCCCCCACUCCGCUCCUGUCGUCGUCAUAUUGCGCGAUUUACGGCCAGCCUGACGGUCGCGUUCGUGGUGGUCGGAGGGUGUUGUGCUUUGCGUUUCUCUGCGUCGAGUACCGACCGGACGCGAGACUUUCUCUCCUCUUCUCCCACUUGCCUUUCUACCCCUGUCGGCCCGACGAUGCACCGGUGCGGCUUCUGAAACAAGUGCGGGCCGGGAAUAUCGUUUACGCGGAUCUCCGGACUUUCUUCUCACGAACGACCGCAUCGUGCGUGUCGUGCCACGAUGGCUCUCAGUCAAACCAGCGUGCUGAAAUUGUACAACACUGUGAUAGCAGACGUAAUAGAAGGAGUGAGAGAAUCGUUUAUGGAUGAAGGUGUGGACGAGCAGGUCUUGCAGGAAUUGAAACAAAUAUGGGAAGGCAAACUCAUGGCGAGCAAGGCUGUAGAGUUGAAUCCAGAUCCGCCAGAGCCACAAGUUCCUCAAAUCAAUACGCACAAAGCUGUAUCUGUCAAUAGAGUUAAUGUAGGAAAUCAUUUUGUACAACCAUUUGCUGGAAACACAGUGCCGCAAACACAAGCUCAACAACCACAACAGCAGCAGCCACAAUCUCAAUCGCAGCAACCAUCGCAACCUCAGCAACAUGUGCAUUCUACCACCGGAACAUUACAGCAGCAGCAACCACAACAACAGCAGCAGCAACCACAACAACAGCAGCAGCAACCAUCAUCGACUCCAGUGCAUCAAGUGGUAACUGCUUCGGCUGCUGUGCUCGAACGACAUGUGCCCAUACAAAUCACUUUACCUCCACAACCUGGUGUCCCGGACAGUCCGCAGCGAAUUUUAAGCAUACAGGUUCCUGCAUCCACCGUUCAAGGAAACCAAUUGCACACGAUUUUGACGGGCCCAGUAAUUUCCGCCGCUAUGGGUCUUCCAGCGGAUUUAGCUUCAACUUUGUUGCAACAACAUGUGAAUUCUACAUUACAGGGACAAGCGACAUUAACUCCAUUGCAAGUGAAUCAGCCCCUUCAUGUAAUCACACAAAGGCCGUCUAAUAAUAAUCAGAAAAGUAAUAUAAAUCAAUUGGACGGAGGAGUGGGUGAUUCUACUGAUGAUGAUGAUGAAGAGGAAGAGGAAGAUAAUGACGAUGAUGACGAGGAUCUUGAUGAAAAAGAAGAAGAAGAAAAUGAUGAAGCAGCGGUUCGUGAAGAGGAACCUCUCAAUUCUGAAGAUGAUGUUACGGAUGAUGAUCCUACUGAUCUUUUCGAUACCGAUAACGUAGUCGUUUGUCAAUAUGAUAAGAUCACAAGGAGUAGAAACAAAUGGAAAUUUUAUCUGAAAGACGGUAUAAUGAAUCUAAGUGGAAAAGACUAUGUGUUCCAAAAGGCAAACGGGGACGCUGAAUGGUAAAUCUAGGUACGAAUGUGUGAAUAUCGUGUUGCCCACAGUAAGCUCGACUCAGGGACACUGCAUGUAAAAGGCAACUUGGUAAUGUGUUCACGUGAACUGCGUUAAUAUAUGAGAUGUCGGCAAUCUCUGCGACGAUUCUUCAAUCAAUUGUGAAACUGUUAUGAUAAAAACGUACAGGGGAACAAUGGCGCAUGUUAUCAUAUUAUCACAAUUAUUGUAUUAUAUGUCUUAUAUUCUUAACUUUGUACGAGCGGCAAUUUUCAAGAUAUUCAGAAAUGCAUGCUGUUUUCUUUUGACAGAACUUGUCGAAGAUAAGUCGCAGACAUUAAAAGUAUUGUUUUAUUCAUAUAAUUUUGUAUAUUCUAAUAAGAAUAUCGUUAUCAGUCUUGAAGAUUCUUAAUUAUAUUGUUAAUCUUUUAUUAUAGAAAAUUCAAGAUCAAAAAUCGAGUGAAGCAUAGAGCCAAAUUUUGUUUUCGUGUAAUGCAAAUUAUUAAAUAUACAAAAAACUUAUACGAAAGUCUCCUAUUGGUAGUUAUUAUAUGUUAGUGGAAACUCGCUUGUGGGUGCCGAAAAAAAAACUGAUUUUAGUUAGCAUUUUCUAGCAAAUGAGUAAACUUUACUGGAGCGGAAGUGUGUUAUGUAUAUAAAUAUAUUGAAUAUAUACAUAUUGAUGAUUAAAGCACCAUAUCGAUUAGUGGCUUUGAAACCACAUCGCGAAUAAUGAAUGCGAAAAUUGUACCCUAUAGAUAUAUAUAUAAUAUAUAUUAUAUACACAUAUAUUUUGAAAUUUCUAAUUAUGAACUUUUUCACGUGGAAUGAAGCGAGGAGAUACUUCCAGUCUGUCUUUGUGACCCGAACGUAACAAAAUGAUAUCGUAUUGUGUAUUUGAGUUGAGAAAUAUCAAGAUAUUACAAAACUAUGAUUCAUAUGUGAUGCUUUGGAAUAAUACAUGUGUCUUAUUGUCAUGUUCAUUUAUCAAGUGAAAUGAAGAACAAUUUUUAGCAUUUA